ACCUGGGGCGUUGCAGACACCGCCCCCCGCGGCCAGCGAUAGGUCCCUCUCCACCUUGGCGACCUGCGGAGCGGGGCGGGGAGAGGAGACGCCGGGCGCGCGCCGCGGUCCGCAGGCUCGGAGGCGCGGCGGCGGGAUGUGGGCGCCGGGCGGCCCCCCGGGACCCGCGGGCUGGGACCGCCGCAGAGUGGGCGCGAGGCUGCGCGCGGCGCUGGCUGGGCUGCACGAGCUGCGGGGGCUGCGCGCUGCGCAGCAGGCACGAGUGCAGGGUGCCCUGGCCAUGCAGCCGGCGCCCGCUGGUCCCCACGGCCCCAGCGGCCAGGAGCUGCGGCUGGAGGCGGCGCUGGCCGCUCUGCAAGAGCAGCUGUCGCAGCUACGACGGCAGGACACUGGGCUGCAGACCCACCUGGACCAGCUGGACCAGCAGAUCAGUGAGCUGCAGCUGGGCGUGCACAGGUCUUCUGUCGAGGUCCCUGACAGCGACAGCAGGCCCAGCUCAGGCUUCUACGAGCUGAGUGAUGCGGGCUCCUGCUCUCUGUCCACCUCCUGUGCCUCAGUGUGCAGUGACCGCCUGUCCCCAUCCCUGGGCAGUCUGCUGCCUGCGGUCUCCAUGGUCAGGCCCAACAUGGGGGACUGGCGACCUCGGUCUGCUGAUGAGACCACUGUGCCAGCAUGGAGACCCCAGCCCAUCAAAGAGAGUGGCAGGCUCCUGGACAGUGGAGAGGACACUGGCCAGCCCAGAGGCAUGUUCCGGCCCAGGCCAGUGUCUACAGGAGAUCUUGAACGGGUCCUCCCAGUGGACGUGGGGCUCCAGAGAGUUGACCAGGAGGCCACACCCCCCCCUCACCUCUGCCAGGGGAUGGAUGUGCCAUCCCCCAAGCUGGACCCCAAGUACCAGCGUGACCUGGUUUCCAGGGGGGGCCGGGAGGUGUACCUGUACCCCAGCCCCCUGCACGCAGUGGCUCUGCAGAGCCCCCUGUUUGCACUGACUAAGGAGACCCCGCCGCUAGAUGGCCAUUUGCCCCCCAGGAGCCCUCUUUUGGGCCCCAGGGCUCUGAGCACCACCCCAGCAGGGCCAGUCCUUGAGGCAGGCCCAGCUGGAGCUUACAUUGACAGGCUGCUGCGUCUGCGAAGCCAAGAGGCCGCGUCCAGGGGACCUGGUGGGGAGCAGGGACCCGCAGGACAUGAAGCAUCCCCAUCCCCCAAGAAGCCAGAUGCCCAGAGACUGGGCAGUGGAGGUCGGCCUUCGAAGCUGGUCUGUUCCCCAGGGAGAGGGGAUCUGGGAGUGGCAGCUCAGAGCAGGGCCAGCAGUGGAGACGGCCUUGGGCAGCAGGAGCCUGCACCCCUCCUGCACACCCAGUCCCCCAGACACCCCCGGGAAAAGGGCCCUGAGCCCUGGAGCCUCUGUGCCUUCGGGGAGACCUCUGUGGGCCCCUCUCCCUGCCCCCAGGCACAGCAGCCCCAUGGAGACUGCAGCCCAGGCAUCUCGUCCUCUUCUGGGAGCGUGGAGUGUGGAAGUCCCCCUAGGGCCCCAGGCCAUCUUGUCCACCCACCUUGCACCGCCAUCGAAGCCUCCCGGAUGGGGCUGAAGACGGGCCACCCCAAGACCAAGCCUGUGAAGGUCAGGACGAAGGCCAGUGACAAGAUGCCGAGGCUUGGGAACCAGGCGCCACUGCUGCCAGAGAGACCUUGGGGUGUCCACGCUGCCCCCCAGCUGUCCCCAGAGUGUGGCCCCACACACAGGCCCCAGGAGGGAGGGCUCAGGAGGAGGCCUGUGCUGGCUGGGGUUGCUCCUGGACGGUCCUGUUCUGAGUCCACUCUGUACCCUGUGCCCUUCUUCGUCCCCCUGUUGGUGGCCCAGCGGGAGAGCUACUGGGCACCGUCCCAAGCCCUGUCCUCCUUGGAGACAGCCCCACUUUGUACCGCCGCCAGGAGGAAGCAGCGCAGGUGGCAGUCCACCGUGGAGAUCUCAGCCGAGGCCCAUCUGGCCAGUGCUCAGGAGCCCAGCCUGGGGCCCGCGAGGUCCCCCGCCAGGAGAGCAGGUGGCCUACAGGCCCAGGGCCGGCCCACGCUGGCCCGCCAGGACGCCUGCUCCGGGAGCCAGUCGGACUCCGCGGAGUGCUCAGCAGAGUGCGCCUCGCUGCUGCAGUCCACCAUUGCGGAGAGCAGCGAGGAGGCGGCCAGCGACCACACUGCCAACCGCUUCGGGGAUGGGGAGUCCAGCAGCAGCGACUCAGAGGACUGCUUUCAGAGCCACAGCCGCCGCCUGGGAGUGGACGUCGCAGCUGCCAGGCGGGGGGAGCUGGCCUGGCCCCGGGCAGUCCCCCAGCAGCCCCCACGGGCCCCCAUGGGUGCAAGGCCUCCCCUACCCCCGGUGCCCAAGCUGUGCCGCAUCAAAGCCUCCAGGGCCCUGAAGAAAAAGAUCCGCAGGUUCCAGCCGGCGGCCCUGAAGGUCAUGACCAUGGUGUAAGGCAGGCUCCCUGAUGGCCCAUCCCUCUGCGUGGACAGGUGUGGGUUUGCAGGUUGGCUUCACUCCUGAGUGGCCACUGGAGGAGCCCCUGGGAGGCCUGGCCUUGGGAUAUGGCUGCAUGCUCUGUGGGGUGAUUUUUCUUCCCAGCAGACUCAGGAGAACUUUGAAGUCACAGAGGACACAAGUGGCCUCUGCCCCUCUGACGUCUCUGUCCUGUAGUCUAGUGGUUGCUUUCCUCCCCCUGACCCACUUCAGCCUAAGCCAUGCCUCCAGAGACCAUUACUGUAGGAAUGUGGCGAACUCUCUGCUGGUGCCCGUGUGAACUUGAGCUCAUGUUAAGCUCUCCAUGUGAAUAAACACCAGUUUGCCGUGGUCCUCGCACGGAGAAGCACGCGUCUCCUUGACCUGCAGCCUGGUCCCUGUGCGGCAGGCACCAGGUGCUCCGAGAGCGCCCUCCUUCCUGCGCUGGCCUGCAGGGCAGGAGAGACAUGGUGGGAGCAGGGUCCCCCUCGGGGCCCAGGCACUUCCUUUGGGUGUUGUUUUUUUCCAAAGAAAACUCCCCUCGGCCUCUCAAGGAGAAAGAUGGAGACUUUUUAACUGAGCUGCUCGGUGAGUGUCUCAGCCUGCACAGCCCACACCAAGCUUUGUCCUGGGCCAUCACAGGCUGCUCCAAAGUGCAUCCUGGCCCAGAGCUGGAAAAGGGGUUGGGGGCACCAAAGUCCUCACACUUCCGGACCCCCCUUCCUAAUUUUGGGAAGAAGCUCUUAAGAAAACUACUGAAAAUACUAGUAAAUUUAUCCCAGUUGUCAAAUAUUCCUGGAACAAGUAGGCAGCUAUGGGUGCAGUCUGAAGGGCCUAACAUUGUGAAAGUUGAUUUGCAUCUUAGAAUCCAGAAGAGGACCUCCUGUCCUUGCUGCAAGGCUUCCUGUGCCGGCCAUUCCAAGACGCACGGUCCAACUCUCAUCCUGUGGGCCCCAGGUGAUGGGAAACUGGCUUUGCCAGGACCUAGCCUGUGAGGCCACUGGCCCCUGGGCAAGUCCACAAGGUGCUCGGGGGCUCUGUGUCCCCAGCUGGGCAUCCUGGGGAGGUGGUGGCUCCUUCUGCUCACUGGACAUCUUCUGUAGCAUUUACUGGGGCUUUCAGGAAGCUUCCAGUGAACCACCUGGAAAGUGCACCCCUCCUGCUCUUUGUGAGGCGUGUCCUGUCCUGCAUCACCUGUCACUGACCAGGCUCCCAUGCAGGCACUGCAGAGGGGAGUGCAGAGGGUUUGGGAGGCUCAGCCUCUCUGCUCAUCUCCCUGGAGAGCCGGCCUGACUCCUGAUCAUUCAGGUGCCCCCUGCCCCAGCAUGCAGGCCUGUCCACAGCCCUGAAAACCAGCCAGAACACCACACCACCCCAAACCAGUGGGCAGAAAGGGUCCUCAGUGACCACAGUGCAGAGCAGCCAGGUGCGGCCUUCCCCUUGCCCUGCCCGCUGUGUGUCUGUCUGUCUUCCUCAGCAGCUUGCCCUCUCCCUGUCCACCCUCCUUCCUCUCACUCUCUACUGACUGUCAUUAAAGAAAAAUGUUCCAGGGACACUUACUAAAGUGGGCGAGGGAGACGCUAGGCAGGACCAUCCUGACAGGAUCAAGGACACUGCAGUGGGAUCCCCAGGAGGCAGGGGCUCAACUCUGAGCAGCAUGGGCCAGAGGGACGCUAUGGCCAAGCAGCAGGUGGGGGUCUCUGAACAGGAAAUGACCAAGAGGGGCAUCUGGGGUUGGGGACUGUGCCUAAAUCCCCCCACAGGAGUGUCCUGAGGGCAGACCUGGUCCUCAGAUUUCCCAUAGGGAGAGCCCAGUUGGACCUGCAAGGCAGGGGUUCUUAGGAACCCGACUCAACCAGCCCUUGCCGAGACCAGAUUUUACAAAGACACUCACUGGUGGGCUGGGGAAGCUCCAGUAGCCCACCACAGAGUGGUCUGAGGAUCCCAGUCUCUCAGUGGGGCCAACAGACAUUUUGAUUUCCUGAGCUGGACCCUUGCUUUCUGCUCUCAGUUACUCUCAAGGAGGUUUGGAGCAAGUGAAUGCAAUUCUUAUGAUUCCUAAUGGUUCCCCUGGCUGCGUGCCUGAUCCACCCUCAGCAGUGAGCAGGACCGUGCAGCCGGGGGACAGCCAGUGGCCAGUGUGUGGCCUCAGGCUGCUUUCACAACUGGGCUGAACCGACUUCCUUUCAUAAAUGAGGUUGACAGUAGCUUUGGGUUUAGAAUGAAGACCAAAUUGACAAUGUUAGACGUGGAACCCUGGUCUUCUGGGCUCAACAUGAGUGCCUUGAGCCAGGACAUAGCCUCCUGGUGGGGUGAAGAGUCCCCCAGGCUCUUAAGACACGUGGGCAGGCUGCAAUGCGCAGGCUCUGGGGCAGGUGUAAUUCAAGGAAGUAAUUACAUACUCACAACCAGGCACAGUGACCCAUGCCUGUGAUCCUAGGGACUCAGGAGGCUGAGGCAGGAGGACUGCAAAGUUCAAGGCCAGCCUGGGCAACUUAGUGAACAACAUUCUCAAAAUAAAAUAAAAAGGGCUGGGAUGUGGCUUACUGGUAGACGUCAUGCAUGGGUGAGGCCUUGGGCUUGACUCCCAGGACAGCCAAAAAACAAAACAAAACGGAAAACACAGUUACAAGUCAGAGCACCAGUGAUGGACGAGAAGCCCCUUGAGGCCAUGGGUGGAUGGUCCAGGGUGGACUCAGGGAGGAGUGCCCAGAACAAGCGUGAGCCGAAUGUUGCACAGGACACUGUCCAUGCAUCCAUCCGCCUGAGAGCAGCUUCUAGCCAGUGUGGUUAUCUUCCAGACAGACAUGGGUGGCCAUUCGCAGUGAGGAGACCCAGCAGGCAGGCUGUGGCCUGUGACAUGGGGACUCAGGGAGGCACCAAUGGGCGUACCCAGAGGCAGAGGAACUCACUCAUCCCUCCUGCUGAGAGCUGAGGGUUCAACUUCUGGCCCGUGAGAAAUGCUUUGUAGCUUCUAGCAUGAUUGAAAUAAAAUAUUUUAGCUAAAUAAAUAAAUAGAAACAAAGUGAGAAUCAAAGUAAGUAAGUAACCUCCACCUGCUCCCCUACCCCCACUGCUGCUUCCUUGAUUCCGCUGCCGCCAGCCUGAGAUCGCCUGGAGGUCUUCUAUCUGGUUGCUGCUGCCCAGAAGAAACCGUGGCCCCCAUGCAACUGAGGCCCACACUGCUGCUGACCCCCGGAGAUCGCCUGGUGACGCUGCCCCCACAGCUGCCAUUGUGGCUACCGCUGCUGCUGACCCACUGCCUGCUGCCAACAACCACUGCCACUUCCCCUGCCACCGUGGCCUAGAGAACUGCUGUGGGGAGACUCUGGGUUUGGCUGCAGGUGGCUGCACCCACUUGGGGACACCAGCCAGGGCCUGGGGCCUGGGUGCCAGCAGGUUUACCACCACAGGAGCCUCUGCCUGGGGACUCCAGCUGGGACCUGCAGGUCCAGUGGGGGUGCCUGCGGGUUUGGAGGAGCCUGGGGUCGUCCUGCUGAGGGAGCUGGUGGCCCUUGUCUUGCUGCUGCAUCUCGGGAUUGCUCCUUGGCAUGAGUGUGACCUGGUGGUCCCUCUGCAAGUAGCAGCAGCACUGAGGUCUUGGGACUGCAGGUGGCCGUGCCUGGGUGACUGAAGCCCAGAUCAGUGGGAUAGAGACUGGGCUGGGAGGACGGAUCUGGGUCUGGCGAUCCCGAGAGACAUCUGAGAGAGGGCUGAGAAACUGUCGAACACUGAGAGAGACAGUUCGACUUUCCAGCAAGAUUUAUUGUAUUUUAUUUUUUGAUCCACUAAUCUCUCUGCCAUAUUUGGAACAGGAUGUAUUUUAUGCAUCAGUGUGUGGAGGACAAGGACAUAUGAUUGGUGUUUUGCAGUUUUGUGGUAUUCUUAUGUCUUUAAUUUUUUCUGUUUGUAUUCUUCCUCUCUCUGUCUGUUUUCUUGGAUUUUCUUUCCCACUUUUCUCCAACCAACAGCCAAUCUCUGUCGGCUCCUCUUCCACUCUUCCUGUGAACAGUGUGUACUACACCACCUCUCUUCUCUCAUCCACCACUUGAAAUUGUAAAUCAUUUUAACAGAUAUUCUGUUUACACUAUAGACAGUUAUUGAACUCAUCAUUGUGGUUUAAUGAGAGAAAGCAGUAGAUGCCUUAGUGGGAGCUAUUAAGUUUAAGGCUAUAUAUUGUGUGCACUGGGUGCUGUUGAUAUUGGUCUCACCAGUAACAGUGAGGUGCUGGAAACCUCAGGGACACUAUAGGUCUUCAGGGUAGAACCUACCCUGCCUUAGAUCCAUACUUUAGAUGGGAAAACACACUAACAACAUGAAAAAAACAGGGGAAUAAAGUGCCCCAAACAAACCAAGAUGCAUCAACAACAGAAGGCACCGAUAAUACAGUAGAAGAAAUGUCCAAGAAGGAGUUCAGAUUGUACAUAGUUAAACUGAUAUGUGAAGUAUAAGGAGUGAAAUCAAAGAAAAAAUACAGGAAGUGAAAGACCACUUCAAUAAAGAGUUAGAGAUCAUGAAAAAAAAAAGAAAAAAAAUGAAAAAAGAAAAGAAACAAGCAGAAAUCAUCAAAAUGAAGGAAUCAGUAAUUGAAAUUACAAAUUCAACAGAAAGCAUCACCAACAGAUUAGACCACUUGGAAGACAGAACCUCAGACAAUGAAGGCAAAAUAUAUAACCUUGAAAGUAGAAUUGACCAUGCAGAGAAGAUGGUAAGAAACCAUGAACAGAACAUCCAAGAAUUAUGGGAUAACAUGAAAAGACCAAAUUAAGAGUUAUCAGAAUCAAUGGAAGAGCAGAGGCACCAAAGGAAUGCACAAUCUUUUCAAUGAUACAGUAGCAGAAAAUUUCCCAAACCUAAAGAAUGGAAUGGAAAAUUAAAUACAAGAGGCUUACAGGACCCCAAAUAUACAAAAUUACAGCAGACCCACACCAAGACACAUUAUAAUGAGAAUGACUAACACAGAGAAUAAAGAUAAAAUCUUAAAGGCCGUGAGAGAAAAAAUCAAAUUACAUACAGGGGGAAACCAAUUCGGAUCUCAACUCCUUUCUCAGCCCAGACUCUCAAAGCUGGGAAGUCUUGGAAUAAUAUAUUUCAAGCUCUGAAAGAAAAUGGGUGCCAACCAAGAAUUUUAUAUCCAGAAAAAUUAAGUUUCAGAUUUGAAGAUGAAAUUAAAACCUUCCAUGAUAAGCAAAAAUUAAAGAAUUCACAGCUAAAAAGCUACACUACAGAGCAUUCUCAACAAAAUAGUCCAUGAGGAUGAAGUGAAAAAAAAGUGAAAUCCAGCAAAGGGAGACUCUGCACUAAAGGGACAUUCAACAAGUGAGAAACUAAGACAAAUCCAGAAAUAAAUCAAAAACCAGAAAUUAAUCAAAAUGACAGGGAAUAGAAAUCAUAUCUCAAUAAUGACAUUGAAUGCUAAUAGCCUAAACUCAUCAAUCAAAAGACAUAGGCUGGCAGAUUGGAUUAAAAAGCAAGACCCAACAAUAUGCUGUCUUCCAGAGACUCAGCUCAUGGGCAAAGACAUCCACAGCCGAGGGUGGAAGGCUGGGGAAAAACUGAUCACUCAUAAGGAUUGCGUAAACAAGCACGAGUGUCCAUCCUCAUCUCAGAUAAAGUAGACUUCAAACCAAAGUUAAUCAGAAGAGACAAAGAAGGACGUUUCAUACUUCUUAUUGGAAGUAUAUAUAAAGCAGGACAUAACAAUUAUAAAUAUUUAUGCCCCAAACAAUGGAGCAUCUAUGUACAACGAACAAACCCUUCUCAAUUUCAAGAGUCACAAUCCAACAAUACUGAGGGACUUUAACACACCUCUCUCACUACUGGAUAGAUCUUCCAAACAAAAACUAAAUAAGGAAACAAUAGAACUAAAUAAUACAAUCAAUAAUUUAGACUUAACAGACAUAUAUAGAAUAUUUCAUCCAUCAAUGAGCAAAUAUACUUUCUUAUCAGCGGCACAUGGAUCCCUCUCUAAAAUAGACCAUAUCUUAUGCCACAAGGCAACUCUUAGUAAGUACAAAAAAGAGAAAUAAAAAAAAGCAGAGAUAAUACCCCACAUUCUAUCAGAACACAAUGGAAUAUAAUUAGAAAUCAAUGAUAAAAUAAAACAUAAAAGCUCAUGUAACAAAUAGAAACUAAAUAAUGCACAAUUAAAUGAUGAAUGCAUAGUAGAAGAAAUCAAGGAUGAAAUAAAAAAAUCUUAGAGGUAAAUGAGAACACUGAAACAAUAUAUCAAAAUCUCUGAGACACUAUGAAAGCAGUACUAAGAGGAAAGUUUAUUGCAUUGAGUGCAUUCAUUAAAAGAAUAAAAAGUCAACAAAUAAAUGACCUAACUACAUCUCAAAGCCUAGAAAAAGAAGAACAGAUCAACACCAAAAGCAUUAGAAGACAGGAAAUUAUUAAAAUCCGAGAUAAAUCAAUGAAAUUGAGACAAAAGAAACAACUGAUAAAAUUGACAAAACAAAAAGUUGGUUCUUUGAAAAAAAUAAAUAAAACAGAUAAACCCCCUGGCUGUGCUAAGGAAGAGAAAAAGAGAGAAAACUCAAAUUACUAAAAUACAAAAUGAAGAAGGAAAUAUCACAAAGGACAUGUCGGAAAUACAGAAGAUAAUUAGAAACUAUUUUGAAAAUUUUAUCUAGUAAAAUAGAAAAUAUCAAAGACAUCAUCAAAUAUCUAGAGACAUGUGACCUACCCAAACUGAGUGAGGAGGUCAUACAUGAUUUAAACAGAUCAAUUUCAAGUAAUGAAGUAGAAGAAGCCAUCAAAAGCCUACCAACCCAGAAAAGCCCAGGACCAGAUGGAUUCUCAGCUGAGUUCUACAAGACUUCCAAAGAGGAAUUAACACCAAUACUCCUCAAAGUAUUCCAUGAAAUAGAAAAAACUCUUUCAAACUCAUUCUAUGAGGCUAAUAUCACUCUGAUUCAAAACCAGACAAAGACACAUCAAGGAAAGAAAACUUCAGACCCAUAUCCCUGAUGAACAUAGAUACAAAAAUUCUCAAUAAAAUUCUGGCAAAUUGCAUACAAAAAAUGGGAUGGAUUCAAAUUAAAAAGUUUCUUCUCAGCAAAGGAAACAUUAAUAAUGUGAGGAGAGAGCCUACAGAUUUGGAGAAAAUCUUCACCACAUGCACCUCUGAUAAAGCAUUAAUCUCUAGCAUAUAUAAAGAACUAAAAAAACUUAACACCAAAAAAAAAAACCCCAAUCAAUAAAUGGGCUAAGGAACUAAACAAAUUGCAAAAUGGAAAGCAGUAUGGAGAUUCCUCAGAAAAUUGGGAAUGGAAACACCAUUUGACCCAGCUAUCCCAAAGGACUUAAAAUCAGCAUAGUAUAGUGAUGCAGUCACAUCAAUGUUUAUAGCAGCUCAAUUCACAAUAGCUAGACUAUGGAACCAACCUAGGUGUCCCUCAACAGAUGAGUGGAUAAAGAAAAUGUGGUAUAUGUGCUCAAUGGAAUAUUACUCAGCUUUAAAGAAGAGUGAAACUAUGGCAUUUGCCAGUAAAUGGUUGGAGUUGGAGAAUAUCCUGCUAAGCAAAAUAAGCCAAUCCCACAAAACCAAAGGCUGAAUGUUUUCUCUAAUAUGCAGAUGCUAAUCCACAAUAAGGCGGGGGGCACUAGGGAAGAAUAGCGUUACCUUAGAUUAAGCAGAGGGAAGUGAUGGGAGAGAAGGAGAGGGGAUGUGGGGUUAGGAAGAUAGUAGGAGGAAACAGACAUUAUCACUGUGUGCAUAUAUGUGACACGUGACCAAUACGAUUCUGCAACAUGUCCACUCAGAAAAAUGAGAAAUCACACCCCAUCUACGUACGAUGUAUCAAAGUGCAUAAAUGCAUCCUACUGUCAAGUGUAAGUAAUUAAAACAAAUAAUUUUUUUGAAAAAAGAAAGUAAAUAAUUACCGUGUUAGAGAAAACCCCUCACAUACUUUAGCACUUUCUACUGUAUCAUUUAUGAAAACAGAUGUGUUAUCUUCAGAAAUUAGAUUCAGGGACGCCACUGGUCCUUGGAAGGGCUUCCUCGGUGUCCACUUUGUGCCCAGUGCAGAGAAUCCUAGCCCUGCAGGACAGAGUCCGGUGUGACUGACAGCUGCUGGGUUCUUAGCACUGAGCUCCCAGAGCAUGGGAAGCCCCCAGGGCCCCCGACAAUUCCACCCGGUCCCACCUUUCCAUUAGCUACUUAACCAGCCAAGCUGGUGAAAAAUGGUCAAAAGUGGUGAGAUUCUCAUACGUCGCAGACUCCGUGGGCCUUCGAUGCAAGGCGCCCCAUUUGUGAUCAGUUUGCAAGACAUUCUUCUAGAGGUGAAGGUCUAGAGGUGUUCAUCCUGACUUCCUCCCCAACGUUUCACAGAGAGAACUGACUCCCAAGGCUUCAGACUGGACCCCCCUGGGCCCUCCUGGGCAUCGCAUAGACCCACCCCAGGCAAGUGGGAGCCGUGUGUCAAGGCGUGUCCACCCACACCAAAUGGCCGCUUGUGCUGAAGAGGUCAGGAAGGGCAGGGAACGGGUCCCUUUGGCCUCCCCUCACUAGGAGACAUCCCUCACUGCCGCUGCCCUAGUGCCACUUGUCUUCCUCGUGACUGGAGCAAGGUGGGACUAACAAGAGGUCCUGCUCCGUUCUCUCUUCCACUCAAUUGCAUUUAUUGAGCACCGGCUGUAUGCUGUAUACGGGUGAGAGCGCUUCUGGAAACAGUAUCCUUGUGGAAACAGGGGACCCGCUCUGGGGAAGCUCCUUAGAGAAGGCCUGCAGGCCGGAUGGGCUCAGAGCGGCAAGUGCAGUCCUUGCCACAGUCUCCUCAUCAAGAGCAGAACCCACAACGGAAUGAAGCGAGUCUGGCAUCAGCUCCAUCUCCCUCCGUCUGUGUACCCCUUCCCACUUCAGGACCUGCUGUGGAAUGUGUCACAGGCGGACGUCUGGUGGAAGCCCACUAGUGCGCAGCGACGGCCUUCGGGGGGGGGGGGGGUCUGAAGCCCCGGAGCCUGUGGUGGUGGGUGGGGCAUCCGGGUGUGGAGGGUGCACAGAGUAGGUGUGCUUGGGGUGCUGGGUGUGCACAGCAUAGGGCUCUGAAGCCAGAGCCCGUGUCCUGUGGAAGGCACCUCACCUAUGUCAAGCAAUGAGAAAGGCUCACUUGUUGUUUGUAAUUAUUUACUCACUUUGCCAAAGUUCCAACUGCUCGGCCCAGCGGAGGUUUGGGGAUCCAGGCUCGGGCAGACCCAGGUGCGCUCGCACCUGCCCACACAGGACGGCCAUGACGAGCCACAGCCAGGCACUUGGCUGUUCCUUUCCUUCCCUCCUGUCAUGCUGCAGCAGGGACAGCCGUCAGCCUGAGCUUGGCUCCGACUCGGGGUGCAAAGGGAAGCUCUUUCAGAACUGGCCUGGGCACGGGGCCCUGGCAGAACGCUCCUGUCUGCAGACCAUCCCAGACACCCACAGCCCCAAAGCUAAGGAGCCCGAGGAGGCCCCCCGCAGGGUCAGGACGGCACUGGCGGGGGCCGGAAAGGACGCGAAGGGGGCUGGGUGAGGUGUGCAGCCCCGUUGCUGAUCUUCGACCCAGGGUCCCCAGCACAUCUCUGUUGUCCCUGUGGUGCUCUGGGCUCUGUGUCCACAGGACCAUAUGCACAGCCCACUGCAGUGUCGUUUAUCACCCCGAAAAACAGCCAACCUGCUUCCUGGAGGGGGGCAGGGUUGCCCAAACUGUGGCUUGUCCAUGGCUCAGAAGAUCGUGCCGACAUUGGAGGGAGGAUUUUGGAUAUCUCAGUAAGAAAAUUAAAAUGGAAAAUGAUAUUCAAAAAUAUGAAAUGGCAGAGUGAAAGAUCAGAAUAGAAAACCGUGGUUACAUGAAAUUUCAGCUAAGAGAAAAUGUAUGCAUGUGAGAAAUGGUAAUAGAUUCACUUCAUCAGGGUGGAAAGUGCUUUUUGUUCUAGUUUUCUGCUUUUCUAAUGUUCUGCUUUUAUAACUGAAUGCUGUAUUUGAAUAAUAAAAGGGUGUUUUCUUUCGCAGCA